AUGGAAACUUGCCCUUGGGCUUGCCCGGGCUGGUGGGACCCAGGGCUUGCCCGGGCUGGAAGUGGAGCGCUGGAGCUGUUUUGGGCUAUCUGGGGGGGCCUAUUGCCCGAUUCUGUGCCUGCGGUGGAGGUGCUCUUAGAGGCCCACUCAAGUGAGUCAUGUUUCAAUAUAAUUCUUCAAGCUCUUUAG